CAAAUCUCUUUGUUCCCACAUUAAACAGUAUAAAAUAUCGGGCGUCCCUUUUUGCUUGUUAAUGUCGUUAGUCUUACUCUAAUGGAGCAAAAUAGUUUUUUUUGCUCCCGCGGGAGCUUCGAUAAGUGCCCGUCGCUCCUAUCAUUUUCUUUCUCCUUGACGGCGCCCUUUGACAGUUUGACGCAUCCCUGGCUCUCUCUCUCGCUCCUCUUAAACCGUAAGAGCACCCCUCUCUCUCUCUCUAAAAUGUUUGCCCUCACGACGCUCUUCGACGUGUUUAUCGGUCUUCUCUCUCUUAGAAUUUCUCUCCAUGACGGCUCUUUGGCGCUACCCGGCGUUUCCGUUACCGUCACCUAACGGAGCGCCGAUGGUGGGAGCCUCAACCGGUGCAGGCCUCGACUGGGUGGGAUAGAGAGAUAGAGAGUGUUGCAUCAACCGUUAACAUGAACAGAAACCGUCUGUCUUUCUCUCUCUUCGUGUUUUUCUCUCUAGCCUGCUAUUUGACGGGAGCAAUGGGAAGGGCGGCUUCGGCUUAUAGGCAAUGCAAUAGCUUCUUCUGUGAAAACCCCUUAUUACGAGAGGUAAAGUGAAGAUCUGCUCAUUAUUGUGCUUUUCCUUUUUGGGUUUGACUCUGGGUGUUGAUUUAUGGGUCCUUUUGCUUGAUACAUCAGGGUUUAGUUACUCUGGUUUGCCAAAGUCGACUUGCGAUUGUUAAUUGGAUGAAAUGAUGCAAUGAAUCUUGUUGUUCUAGUUUUUGAGCUUGUAGGAUCUCUUGGCCCGUUGGGUUUCUAUUUUUUGUGAUUAGGGCUUCUUGGAUCUGGUUGUAGCUUAAAAACAGUUGUGGAGAGAGACAGGUUAGGCCUUUUUUCAUUCUCAAUUUCUUUCUUCUGUUUUUUGAGAUGGAUCCCUGGCGGGCUUAUGGGUUGAAGUGAUUUUAGGGACUUUGUUAAUUGUUUCCUCUGUUCUUAGCCUUUUUUUCUGCUGUUAUGAGCUCCAUAUCUGUGUUUUAGGGUUUCUAAAACCUGUUGUAAUGGAGAUAAGCACUUAAGGUUUUCGCAUCAAUUCUUCCAUGUUUGGCUAUCUCCCUCUUCCUUCAUGAUUGUUGUCAAGUGUAGGGAUUCUCGUAUUUUGGGAUUUUCUUCGAGGGGCUCAGGGGAUUUCAAGGUUUUCUAUUCAUCCCUCGGCUUUAGAGUUUCUAAAACCAAUUCAGAUGGCCGAGAAACCAAUACAGCUUCAGAUUGAGCCAAUCUCCCCCUUUGUUUUCUGGUCUUUCAUUGAUUAAGCUUUUGAAGAGGUGGUUCUUCUGGGGUUUCUUUUUCAUGGAGGGCUUUCGGGAAGAGAUGAUGUACCAGUGUUUUUUGAGAUGUUUCUUUUGACUGUGGUGAAAAUUCACAUACCCACCAGCGAGGUGCAAGGAAGAAGACGAAGAGGAAGGAUAAGAAUGACCGAAGCUUUGAUCACUGCGUUAUCCAUGGAGAAUCACCACCCCUCCACCCUUCUAUCCAUGGAUUCAAGUUCUCAUGAAGACUGUGAAAGAGAACCCAAUCGCCAAAUUAUUCUUUCACGACCACCUGAUAUCAAUCUCCCUUUAUCUUCAGAGCGAAGCCCACCUCCUCCAUGGCCAAAUGAUGCUUGUGAUAUACUAGAUGUUGGCUUGGGCCCCCAAUUAUAUGAAACUGAAACCCUUUUGAACAUACCUAAGGUUGGAAGGAAGUGUGCUAAGAGAGGAGAUAGCAUUUGGGGUGCAUGGUUCUUCUUCAAUUUCUAUUUCAAGCCUGUUCUUGUUGAGAAAUCGAAGGGAAAGCUCACUAGAGAUGGCACUGUCCCCUCUGGUUUCGAUAAAUCGGACCUGAGGCUCGAUGUAUUCAUGGUGCAGCAUGAUAUGGAGAAUAUGUACAUGUGGGUUUUCAAGGAGAGGCCUGAAAAUGCAUUAGGUAAAAUGCAAUUGAGGAGUUAUAUGAAUGGGCACUCGCGUUUGGGGGAGCCCCAAUUCCCAUUUAGUGCUGAAAAGGGCUUUGUUCGAUCACACAGGAUGCAGAGGAAACAGUAUAGGGGGCUCUCAAAUCCCCAAUGUGUGCAUGGGAUAGAGGUUGUAAGGUCCCCUAAUUUAACCCAUUUAUCAGAGAGUGAGCUCAAGAGGUGGAUGGAUUUAACGGGUCGCGACCUCAAUUUCACAAUCCCACCUGAAGCUGGGGAUUUUGGGUCUUGGAGGAACCUACCAAGCACCGAAUUUGAGCUCGAUAGGCUCCCACCUAAGGCCCCAAGCCAGCCAUCUCGGCGAUUGCUUAAUGGCUCUGGCUUAAACCUUUCAUCUCAGUCUUCUAACCAUGUGAUUGCUGAUGGUAUAGAACUCUCUCCCAUCUGCAACAAGAGAAGGAAAGAGUUCUUCCCCCAUGGAAACGAUGAUGAGUGUUGCUUGCCUUUGGGGUCUUUCUCCGAUAGAAUUCAGGAUUUGGACAUGCACCAGGUAGAACCAGCUUGGGUGAAUGAUUUCUCUGGCGUGAUGAGGCAGGCCUGUGGGCCUGUUACCGCUGCCAAAACAAUAUAUGAGGAUGAGCAGGGUUACUUGAUAGUAAUAAGCAUGCCUUUUACUGAUCUAAAGCGGGUGAAGGUAUCUUGGAGAAACACUCUUACUCAUGGUGUAGUAAAGAUUCAAUGUGUGAGCACUGUUCAAAUGCCUUAUUUAAAGAGGCACGAUAGGACUUUUAAGCUCACUGAUCCAUCUCCUGAGCACUGCCCUCCUGGUGAGUUUGUUCGGGAAAUAGCAUUGGCCACAAGGAUACCUGACAAUGCCAAUCUCGAAGCAUAUUAUGAUAAUUCGGGUGCUGGUCUGGAGAUUAUGGUUCCCAAACACCAGGCUUCAUCAGAGAGGGAGCAUGAAGUUCGAGUUUGUCUUCGUCCUCAGAUGGGUGCGAGUGAGCUGCUUUUGACUUGAAGCAGCUCUUGCUGGGCUUUGGGGCUUAGGAGAAAAAUGUAUGGGUGGUUGCAAUGGGAUUGCUGGUGGCUGGUAUCACUAAAUCGCAAGACGGAAUUGAAGUGGCUGGUAUAUGAGAUUGCAUAUGGUACAUAUGGUACAUAUGAGAUUAUGAGAUUGCUGGUGGCUGGUAUAACGAGCAAACGUGAGAUUUUGUAGAGGCUGUUCGUGGCAAAAUGGUGUGACAAAGUUUGUUACUUGUUGGCCCUGCUAGAACUUGGAAGCUGGUUGCCAGAUUCUUCUCCAAGGGUUGGUCCUAUUCCCUGUAAUGGAAAUUCCUUGUUGAUUCUUAAGUAAUUUCUACUCAUAUCAUGCUACCUAUUAUUUCAUCCAGAUGCUCCAUCUCCCUUUAACCUGGGCGUCUGAAUGCAGACACAGUGUUACUUUACUUAAUAAUGUUGUUGGCUAAACCUUGUUGAUUCUUAAAGUAAUUUCUAGUCAUAUUAUGCUACCCUA